AGAUACAAGAGAUCAGGAUCCAUCUGCUGAGCGUGGACCAACACAGGAGCAAGAUGGCCGGGAGGAUACAUAACCUGACCCUGGAAGUCAUCUACCUGCUGACCGGAGAGGAUUAUGAAUUAGUGAAGACAAGAUCUGGAAAAAUAUUACCACACAACAGCAGUACUGUUGACCCAUCACCCAUAAUGGAACCUCCUCCUCCUUCCCUGACAUCUGAGAGGAACAACAAGAAGCAGAUCCUAGAAGUCACCCAGAAGAUCGUUGAGCUGCUGACAGGAGAGGUUCCUAUAAGGUGUCAGGAUGUCAUUGUCUAUUUCUCCAUGGAGGAGUGGGAGUAUCUAGAAGGACACAAGGAUCUCUACAAGGACGUCAUGAUGGAGAACUGGCCGCCCCCCACAACACCGGGUAAGAGGAGACUUUAAUUU